CAAUCUCCACCCGCCUCCAUGCCCAUUAUGGUAAUUACGCGUUCCAAAUUAUCCUCCACUGAUGAAAGUAUAAUCACAUCAACUCCUCAACUACAGUUCGAUUUUCCAAAAAAAAUAAACGAGUGGUCUAUACCAAAAUGCAUUGCUUGAAUCUGAAGGUUGUGAGUGAUUUCAACGCGCUGUUGUUGGCGGGUCGGCUCAGAAGCAGCGCAAAAGCCUACAAUUGGCGGCUUAAUCGGAUAGUCGCUUGCAGCAAUCCGGGUUCGGGCUCGGGUCCGGUUCAAGAUCCGAGCCAUAGUUCGAAUCUGUCGCGGACGGAGACGUAUGCUCUAUUGAAGCAGCAGUUGGAAGUUGCUGCAAAAUCAGAGGAUUACAAGGAAGCGGCUAGGCUUCGCGAUUCACUGAAACUUUUUGAGGAAGAGGAGCCAGCUUUGCGACUUCAAAGAUUGUUGAAAGAGGCCAUUUCACAGGAAAGAUUUGAGGAUGCAGCUGCCUACCGCGAUGAGUUAAAGGAAAUUGCUCCCUAUACUCUUUUGAAGUGCUCGAGUGAUGCUACAACCUUGGGAAUUAGAGUCCAAGUAAGGAGUGUGUACAUUGCAGGUAGAAGUCAGCCAUCAAAAGGCCUCUACUUUUAUGCAUAUAGGAUCAGAAUCACCAACCUAUCUGAUCGCCCCGUGCAACUUCUUAGACGCCAUUGGAUCAUAACUGAUGCCAAUGGAAGAACUGAGACAGUCCAGGGCACUGGAGUUAUAGGUGAACAACCGGUUAUACUUCCAAAUACUGGAUUCGAGUAUUCAUCCGCUUGUCCAUUGAGCACAUCGACUGGCAGAAUGGAAGGUGACUAUGAGAUGAAGCACAUAGAUAAAGUUGGAACUCGGACGUUCAAUGUAGCUAUUGCCCCCUUUGCUCUGUCCACAUUUGGAGAUGAUAUUAGUGUAGUGUGAUAGUUGAUAAACUAUUUCGACCAUAAUGUAUCGUCACUCUACCAACUAGGUCAAGCGAGAUCGGGACAAAGUCAUUUACCACUUAGCAGGAUUAUAUAUAGGAAUCUUGAUUAGUGCGGUAACUUUAUAAUUAAAUUUAGGGUGUGUUUGCUCUUUAUCCCUCUAAAUGGAGGGAUAACAAAAAUUUAUGUCUUUAAAUGUUUGUUUUCUUAUCCCACAUUUUACACAAACAUCAUUUUCCCUUCCUUAUGUUCACUUCAAGGAGGCAUAAUAUUAUCACACAAAAAUUGGAGGGAUAAUAUUAUCCCUCAUUGAAGUGAAAAUAAGGAAGGAAAAAUAAUGUUUGUGUAAAAUGUGGGAUAAGAAAGCAAACAUUUAAAGGCAUAAAUUUUUGUUAUCCCUCCAUUUAGAGGGAUAAAAAGCAAACACACCCUUAAUGUAAAAUUGAGUUGUAUAUAUAGACUUAAGGCUAUGUACAAAUGAUUUGAUAGUUUGUUUAUGUAGUUAUGCAAAGUUGUCUUGCAUGUGUUACA